ACAUGCUUUCUUGACGUUAACCUCUCACACACAAGAGCCUUAACCUUUGUUAAAUGUGGUGAUAAUUGUUAAAUAAACAGAUCUCGAAAGCCUUGAUCUUGGUUAGGAGUGGUGAUACCUCUCCUCUUCUUCGUUUCUUUUCUUUAUGCUAAUCUUGAAUAUAUCUACUUUAGUCUUCUUGUCGGUGAAAUGAGUACACAGAGAACUGCGGAUAAUGUUGCGGAAAAAGUUGUAAAAAAUUCGUCGUUGCGAAUUAAGCAAGAAGAGAUGAACCCUUGUUAUAAGGAACAUCUCUUGUCUCUAAAAUGUCUUAACUCCAACCAGGGUCAACAUAAACUGUGCGAAGUAUAUUUCAUCAAUUAUAAAAACUGUAAAAAAUUUUGGUCAAACGUACAGUCCGAGCGUAGAUUAAAAGGUAUUAAACCGUACCUGCCACCUUUGGAGGAACGUGCAAAGAUAAAAGCUGACUACCUAAGCAAUAAAUAAAUACAAAUAUUUCACUUUGUAAAAA